CAAAGAGGAGACUUCCCUCUCUCCUCUCACUUUCCACUUUCUACUAUCUCUCUAUCUAUUCUCUCAACUCUCUCCACAAACAUACACUGACUUGGUCGUCGGAGCUUAAUCCGGGGGGGCAACCCCGACUCUUUCACAGGUUUCUUCUCUCCCGACGAGAUCAGACGAACGGAUGAUGAGUCGACCCACACAACAAAUAUCAUUGUUCGUGUCCCGAGUUAGAUGGCACAAACAAGAAACAAAGCAUAUGCUCUUUGUGUGUAUCAACUAUCAACAUGCAAAAUAUCUAUACCCUUCCCGUUCCUAAUAUUAAAUCAACAGUAUCACUAGAAAUCGCAGUAUAGGACAAGGAUCUGUUUGGUUGGUCGUUGUUUAUCAAUUCUUCGAAAUUGCACCUAAAAUCUUGUAGUUUUUUUUUAUUAGCUUUGAGCACCGUCGUUUUUUAUUAGCGCCACUAUGAGUCAAGCUAAAAUCCUACUCAAAUAUAUUGGCCGUGAGCCCGUGACCACGUAACAAGGAAUCUUUUUGGGGUCCUUCUUAUAUUGAAUUAAAUGCACAUGUGACAAAAUCUGUCACAAUAAACACUCGUUUGCUCAUGGUAUAUUGUGAUUGAUAAUCUAAUCUCUUUGGGAGUUUGAAUGUAGGUGGAAGCUUGAUGGUAGAGUUCACCUACCUACCAAAAUGGUUAAAACAAACAAGACUUAUUUCUUCGUGGAAAAAAUGGUUGUAAUCUCCAUUAUUGGUAAGUUUAUCAACUUUAUGUGAAUACACUUAGUAUAAGACUAAAAGUUUAGAGUGUUUUAAGUUGACGCUCAUAUUUUUUUAAGAAUGGGAAGUCUUUCAAAUUAUUUAUACUUCAGUCGAAAGAUCCAAUUUUGUAUCAUACACUAGAAUAAAUUUCCUACGGUCGACAAGAAAGAAAAUGAGAGGAGAGAAUAAUUACUUCCAUAUUGUAAUUGAUCUUGACUGACAUGGACGUGGAAAUUCAUGUCAAGAGUAAAAGACUAUAAUGAUAUUCUAUUUUAUGGGUAUUAUUAGGAUUUUUGUGAUGAAUGUCGCCUGAAAACUAUACAAUUAUUGAGAAGUGAACUAUAAUUAAUAUGUGUUCUCUCAUGAUGCUUAAAUGUGCACUAACUUUGACAUAUGCAUGAGUUUUGAACCCGAAAAUCACAAGUACAAUAAUAUCCUUUUAAUGGAGAAUAGUUUUGGGAUUUUUUUUUCCAAAUUACAUUCACAUUUAAUACUAACCAUUUGUGAGCUAAAUAUGUUCAUUGAGCCAUUUUUCAAUAUAAAGGGAAAAGAUAAAAUUAACAUAAUUGGUCCGGAGCUAUAUUGGCCCACAACUUGCUGAGAAAACUGCAAGAAAGCCCAUGAGAAAGUCCAAACCUAUGGACUGAACUCAGUCCUCGUCAAUAUUUAUAACCAAAAAAAAAAAGACGAAACUCACUGUGCCGUUGGCCCGUUACCCGGAACUCGCACAAGCGCCCGCCUUCUCAUACUUCCAGAACCGCCACGCGUCUCUCUCCGAUUGGUCCACAUAAAGUUACUAAAAAAUGCGCCAAGUAACAGAAAUGACAAAAACCCCUCAAAAACUUCCUCUCUAUAAGAAACCCCUCUGUUCUUCUUCCUCCCUCCAAAAAUAAUUUAUACAAGCAAAAAAUCAAAUUACGCCACAAAACGCCGCUCUCUCUCUCUGUCACCACUUGCUCCCAAUUCCCCCCGGACGAAAAUGGAGGCUCUCCGCGUCGCGCCGCCGCAACCGCCGCUACUCCGGCUGCAGGGAGCCGCCGAGUUCCGCGCUCCCAGGGCGCUGGCUGGAGGAGGAGCAAGAAGAGCGUCGUCCAAGCCGCUCAAUGUCUCCGCCUCCCUGUCGAGACCUGCCGCCGAGAUCUCCCCAUUGCCGACGCCCGCCGUCGGCUCUCGCGACAAUUCGUUGGCGGAGGCGGUGAAGGUGUCUGCUGCUCCGCCGAGGAGGAAGGUAUCUCCGAGUUCGCUACAGUACCCACCCGGUUACCUCGGGGCGGUGCCCGACCGGAGCGGAGGAGGUGGUGGCGGCGACGAUGUCAUCGGGGCGAUGGGGUAUUUGACCAAUAUACUCUCGUCGAAGGUGUACGACGUGGCGAUUGAGUCUCCAUUGCAGUUCGGGCCUAAGCUCUCGGAGAAGCUCGGCGUCAAGGUCUGGCUCAAGCGGGAAGAUUUGCAGCCGGUGUUUUCAUUCAAGCUGCGUGGUGCGUACAACAUGAUGGCAAAACUUACAAAGGAGCAGUUAGAAAGAGGAGUGAUCUGCUCAUCAGCUGGAAACCAUGCCCAAGGAGUAGCACUAGCUGCAAAAAGACUUGGUUGCAAUGCUAUAAUUGCCAUGCCUGUAACUACCCCUGACAUCAAGUGGCAAUCAGUUGAGAGAUUGGGUGCUACAGUUGUUUUGGUGGGAGACUCUUAUGAUGAGGCACAAAUAUAUGCUAAGCAGAGAGCGCAACAGGAAGGGUUGACCUUUGUACCUCCUUUUGACCACCCGGAUGUGAUUAUGGGACAAGGAACUAUCGGAAUGGAGAUUGUGCGCCAGAUGCAAGGCCCAUUGCGUGCUAUCUUUGUGCCUGUUGGUGGUGGUGGAUUGAUAGCUGGCAUUGCUGCAUAUGUUAAAAGAGUUAAUCCCGAUGUGAAGAUCAUUGGAGUAGAACCAGCUGAUGCAAAUGCUAUGGCUUUGUCGCUGCAUCACAAUGAGAGAGUGAUGUUGGACCAGGUUGGAGGGUUUGCAGAUGGUGUGGCUGUUAAAGAGGUUGGGGAAGAAACUUUUCGGCUAUGCAAGGAGUUGAUAGAUGGCGUGGUUCUAGUAAGCCGUGAUGCUAUCUGUGCUUCGAUUAAGGACAUGUUUGAAGAGAAAAGGAGCAUUUUAGAGCCAGCCGGUGCUCUAGCGCUCGCUGGUGCUGAAGCGUACUGCAAAUACUAUGGCAUAAAAGGAGGAGACAUUGUGGCAAUAACCAGUGGGGCGAACAUGAACUUUGAUAAACUGAGAGUGGUGACUGAGCUUGCCAAUGUUGGCCGAAAAAAGGAAGCUGUGCUUGCAACAGUCUUGCCAGAGGAACCUGGGAGUUUCAAAGAUUUCUGUGAACUGGUGGGUCCUAUCAAUAUAACGGAGUUCAAGUAUAGGAGUAGUUCUGAGAAGGAAGCUGUUGUCCUGUACAGUGUUGGCCUCCAUAUGGUAUCUGAACUUGAAGCGAUGAAGCAGCGGAUGGAAUCUGCUCAGCUAAAAACUUACAAUCUGACGGAAAGCGAUUUGGUUAAAGACCACUUGCGUUACUUGAUGGGCGGCAGAUCAUCUGUCCGAGACGAGCUUCUCUGUCGAUUCGUCUUCCCAGAAAGACCUGGCGCUCUGAUGAAGUUUCUUGAUGCAUUCAGUCCCCGAUGGAACAUUACCUUGUUCCAUUACAGAGGCCAGGGAGAGACUGGCGCUAACGUGCUGGUGGGAAUCCAAGUCCAGCAUAGGGAGAUGGAUGAGUUCUACCUCCGCGCCAAUGAUCUUGGAUACGAUUUCGUUGUUGUAACUGACGAUGACAAGUUCCAACUUCUGAUGCAUUAAGAAGAUGGUAGAGUGGUGUUCGUCUUCGUAACUUGCUAUGUGAGAUAUUCAAAACGUUUUUUUUUGUUGUUGUAACCUACAGUAGGAUAGUGUUUUCCAAAUGUUGAAUUGUCAUGCUGGAUAAGUAGGUCCGGGUAGUGACUGUUGGCAUUGGAGCUGUAUAUAUAGAAUAAAUUCCUUAGAAGCAG